GGACACGCCGCGUGUACGAUUGCGUGUGUAAGAAUGAUUGUGUGUGUGAGAUAGAGACCCGGGGUCUGAUGGUGGCUUUGUGAGUGUGGAGAAGACCACGUGUGCGAAGAGAGAAAAAGCGUGGGUGUGAAGGUGACUUGGGGAGUGUGUGAGAACCCGAGUGUAAGGGAGCUCGUCUGUGAAAGAAAAACUGUGGGUUGUGAGCGUGAUUGUUGGGUGUGUGAGAGCCCGAGGGUGAGGGAGAUGGUGACAUUGAAGCUGGUGUGUGAGAGAGACUGAGUGUGUAAGACUGAAUUGUGAGACAGAGCCUGAGUGAAUAACCAGGGAUGGGGGGCGGGCAAGCAACCCUGUGAGCCUGAGCAGGGCUGAGGGUGCAAGGGGUGAGUGUGCAGGGCAGAAACUAAGCUUCCUGAGGCUGCUGCAGUCUGCUGGGGUCUGGACAUAGAGCUCAGGAACAGGCUGCUCCUCUUUACUGCCACUCCUCGGAGCGUAUCUGUGUGUCUUGGUAUCACAUUUGACCAUCUCAAGAUAAAUACCAGGAGAUAUUUUGAAAAACAUUUUGAACAUUCUCCACUGAGCAUUAAGCCAACAUUCUGGUCACCUUGUUGUGUAAUGGUCAGUAUAAAUAGGAAUCAACAUUUGGCUUAACAGAUGUCGUGGAGAACCUCUCACGGGCACUUAACAGUGUGCUUAGUGACACAGUCAGAAAGAAUUCGGUCUCUCUCUGGUGCUAGAUGCAGCGGGGGAACACUGCCCCAGCCAGCUAAUCCAGCAGCGUGGUGGCAGAAUGUUCAGCCCUCCGGUGCCUUAUUUCUGAGAGCUGCUUCCUUAUUGAAGAUGGAGGAGGAGCAAACUUAAACCUGUGACUACUUCCUGAGGUCAUUUUCACCUCUUUUUGCCUGGUGGGGACCUUUGAGAAACUCCCCAGGCUGCUUGCAUUACUGUUGUUCCACUAUGGUGGUAUGUGGAUGGCUUUUACUUCCUGAAUUUGGUCACAGACUGUUAUUGAGUUGAUAAGUUUGAUUUUUCUUUCCUGGCAAAAGUGGGAAACCACAGGUCUGAUUUCUCUUUUAUCUUCCUUGCUUUUACACUCCUUUCCUUAUCUGGCUGUGGGCAUAUUUUUAUUGCAGGCUAAAAGUAUAUGCCAGUUAUGAGUCUGAUCUCUCUGGAAUGUAUUUUUGCUUUCCCUUCCUCCUUUUACUCCCCUCUUUCUCUUUUCCUUUCCUUUUUUUUUUUCUUCUAUUUGAUGACCUCUUUGCCUCUUUAAGUCUCUAAAUUGUGAAUCUGUUUCUACAAAAAUUAUGCAAACAGUGCUCCCAGGAUUUAGGAGGGUGGGGAGCAGCAGCUGCCCAGACACACAUGAUUUGAGAUGACCAGAGUAAUUUUCUGAUGAAGUGUGAAUGGAUUGCUUCACUCAUACUGUCCUUGCCACAGUAAACACAGGUGUGCAGCAGCUAUUUACCAUGGAAGCCAAGGAGACCGAGAACCCCGUGCCCACCUACCAUCUCCUCCCUGGUGCCAGCCAGCCCAAGGUGGAAGAAAAUGUCAGCUCGCCACCUGAAGGGUCCCCAGAAACUAUGCAGCUGAAGAAAGAGAUCUCCUUGCUGAAUGGGGUUAGCCUGGUGGUGGGCAACAUGAUCGGCUCAGGGAUCUUUGUCUCUCCCAAGGGCGUGCUGCAACACACUGCCUCCUAUGGGUUGUCACUGGUCGUGUGGGCUCUUGGUGGACUCUUCUCCGUUGUGGGUGCCCUUUGUUAUGCAGAGCUGGGGACCACAAUCACCAAGUCAGGGGCCAGCUAUGCUUAUAUUCUAGAGGCCUUUGGGGGUUUCAUUGCCUUCAUCCGCCUGUGGACCUCACUGCUAAUUGUUGAGCCUACCAGUCAGGCCAUCAUCGCCAUCACCUUCGCCAACUACAUCAUCCAGCCCUCCUUUCCCAGCUGUGAUCCCCCCUACCUAGCCUGCCGUCUUCUCGCAGCUGCUUGUGUGUGUCUGCUGACAUUUGUGAACUGUGCCUAUGUCAAGUGGGGCACACGAGUACAGGACACAUUCACUUACGCCAAGGUCCUAGCGCUCAUUGCCAUCAUUAUCAUGGGCGUUGUUAAACUGUGCCAGGGACACUCUGAGCACUUUCAAGAUGCCUUUGAGGGUUCCUUGUGGAAUGUGGGAAACCUCUCUCUUGCCCUGGAGUCUGCCCUCUUCUCAUACUCAGGUUGGGACACCCUUAAUUUUGUAACAGAAGAAAUCAAAAACCCAGAAAGAAAUUUGCCCUUGGCUAUUGGUAUCUCUAUGCCGGUUGUGACGCUGAUCUACAUCCUGACCAAUGUGGCCUAUUACUCAGUGAUGAGCAUUUCAGAUGUCCUUAACAGCGAUGCGGUAGCUGUGACAUUUGCUGACCAGACAUUUGGGAUGUUCAGCUGGAUCAUCCCCAUUGCUGUUGCCCUGUCUUGCUUUGGGGGCCUCAAUGCAUCUAUUUUUGCUUCAUCAAGGUUGUUCUUUGUGGGCUCCCGUGAAGGCCAUCUCCCAGACCUUCUGUCCAUGAUCCACGUUGAACGUUUUACACCCAUCCCUGCUUUAUUGUUCAAUUGCACUAUGACGCUCAUCUACCUCAUUGUGGAGGAUGUUUUCCUGCUCAUCUACUACUUCAGCUUCAGCUACUGGUUCUUCGUGGGCCUCUCUGUUGUUGGACAGCUCUACCUUCGCUAUAAGGAGCCCGAAAGGCCCCGACCUCUCAAGCUGAGCCUCUUUUUUCCCAUCGUGUUCUGCAUAUGCUCCGUGUUUCUGGUGAUUGUGCCUCUCUUCAGUGACACCAUCAAUUCUCUCAUUGGCAUUGGAAUCGCCCUCUCUGGAGUUCCUGUCUACUUCUUGGGUGUUUACCUGCCAGAGUCCCGAAGGCCACUGCUUCUUCGGAAAGUCGUGGCUACUAUCACCAGAGUCACCCAACAGCUUUGCUUUUGCGUCCUGACUGAGCUAGAUGUAACCGAAGAGAGAAAGGUCGAGAGGAAAACUGACUAGAGGCCAGAGGUGACAUCCUCCAAGAUCCGGAAGGCUGGCCACUUGUGGCUCAGACAUCAAAGUCCAGACACCUGAAUUAAAGAAGCUUAUUGACUCAUUCUGUAAGGUUCAGGGCCAGUGCUCAUUGGUAAGCUAUGGGAGGAUACUCAGGUUUGGGGUCAGCCUGAAGAUGGGGAGCUCAGGAUGGAGGGGAGGUUGGGAGCAGGGGAGUGUUAGUUUUCCUCUUGGUGGAUAGGGGCAAUCCUGGCAAAUACUUGUAAGUUGCAGUGCUAAGCCAAUGAGUAGGGUUGGUGGUUCACAGCAAUUGAAAGUUUGAACCAGGAGUCUACACAGGGGAUACUUUUUUUGGGAAGUUCUCCCCUGAUCAGGUCUGCUCACCUGACUUCCAAUGCUACUGUUUCUUUCACUGGUUCAAAAUUCUGCAGACAGGGUUUUAUGCUUUUGUUUGCUUUUUGAGAAGGAUGGACAGCAAAGAUUUAUUUAACCAAUAUAGGAACAGUGUUUCUAUCAUUUCCUAAAUUCUGGAAGAGGAAUAUCUGUCUUGGAACCUCAUACUCCAGCAUUAAACAAAUAGGAAGAAAUCUUUUCAGGCUCUCAACAGUGCCCACUGCGUGUUUUCAAGGUUGAUCUCUCAUUUGUGGAUCUCUGUGCUUAGAGAGGCACAGGAUCUCAUUGUAUAGAUUGCCCAUCUCGUUGAGGAGGUCCCUGCCUGCCUGACUGGAUUUGCUUGGAUCAUAUUUGUGCUUAGUCUUUAAGAAAGAAGGAAAGCUUCUGGCUCAAUAGUAAGUUGGUGUUGGCCACCCAACUGCUCUCUUGAUAGCUGGAACCCUGGUGCUUCAGUGGAGGCCAUGGUCUUCAAACAGGCUGGGAAAAACCUCACUGCCCCAGCUGAGAAACAGCAGCUCUGCAACUAAGUGGGCACGCUAAGGCUACCACCAAAUUCAAACUCCUGUAUUCCAUUAUUUGUUCAUCUGGAACAUGACUUCUAUAAAGGAUUAGUGUUCAAUGCAAUAGGCUAUGCUUAAAAAUUCAAAGUACUCAAAACUGAGUCUUUCUGGCUUCAAACAGACAUGAUUCUGACAACAGAUUUUGUACUGAGUUUCAUACAAUCUUCUGUUGAGUCUUACCUUCAAAGGUGAACUUUAAGGAUUUUUGAAAAAUUAAAUACUUGUUACACAUUAGUAUAUAGAUUAACAUGUUACUAGCACCUGACUCAGGUUCAACAAGGACAAAUUUAUGAGUCAGAAGUCUGGUAAUACUAUUUUAAAGGAUAAUCCUUUAUUUUAUUGAGACGUUAGGUCUUUGUUCUAGUUGAUAGAAAGUAAAUUUCUGGGUUUCUGGUAUGAACACUGAGUACUAUAAUGUUCUGGAAUUCAGGUGGAUCACCUGACAUUUAUCAGCUGUCAGUGAGUUGAAGAGCAUCUCACUGAUGCAAGUCAUUAAAUACUUGUUCUUCUCUGUACGGGUGGAUGUGAGGGACUGCUGUGUAGACCCAAGCAAGCCUACCCUGGUGCUGGAAGUAGUUAUUUCCUUUUUGGAAAAACCCAUGCCAGGCUGUAUCCUCUUUUCUGUCCUGGGUAUCAGGCUUUGUUUACACUCUUAGCUACUCCUAGCUGCCUCCGUGUGAAUUACAGGAGUAGUGUACUCCUUUUCUGGCUUUCCCUUGCCAGAGCCUUGAUGGGGCUGGAGUCUCAGGAAGAGCUUGGUACUUGUGGGACUUUUAUAUUCUCCCUGUGGACACCAGUGAAGACUCCAGGAGAAGGCUGCUUCAACCUCAAUUUGGACGUUCAGCCAACUGACUGUAAGAGUGAAAGCAACUAUUUUUGGUGCUCAAGCUGGGCCAUCGGGUCAGGCCAGAACAACAGGUUUGGCCUAGUGGAUCCUUCUUUCCUGGGCAGGAUGGCUGUACUGCUUGUGCAGCAGUUCAUCUUGAGCCUGGAAGAACCUGCUCGCUUAGCACACUCCUUGGACAAUUUGUCCUUAUAUUUUGGAACUGAUCAACAGUGAUGAAGCAAUUUCAUCUGAUCAUUCAUCAGCAGACUGGCCUGUCACAGACAAGGGAGCAACCCUGGACAUAUAUUUGCUCAAUAAAGAUCUAGGGGAACAUGA